CAGACUUCACCAGCAUUCACCAUCCAAAACUUUCCUUUUCUCUACCCCCAUGACUUACUAAUAGUCUUUAUAUCAUGCUCCCUCUCUUCGGUGACGAACGACGACGAAACAUCAACCUUGGUGGGGCAUCGUCUGCAUCAACACAAGCGGCUAUCAUAGAUCAGGCCAAACAGCGGAGAAACCAACGCAAUGAGCAGAAACGAAAACACGAAAACGCGGUGAUUCUGCAAGCAUGGUGGAGAGGCAUCCGGGAGGCGAGAUUGGUGCGAAAUCAGAUGAGAACGACCUUUGAGAGCGAUGUGAUGAGCAUUACUGGCCUACGAUGCCUUGUGCUUAUUGGGCAGGACGAGGAAGCCCUAGGAAUAUGGUCGAACGCGAUGCUGUCGCAGAACCAAGAUAGUUUCUGCAUGUCAUCCAAGAAUCAAAGCUGGGUGGUGCUUGUGAGGCAGCUAAGCCUUCAUUUGCUGCGCUCAAUAGCCACUGUGCCACAGUCGUCAAAUGCGUAUUCGCACCUCAAGGUCCUCACGAUGCUGACUCAGUCGUCAAUAUCCACGGAGGUGAUGCGAUAUCUGUUAUCGCAUCGCGGGUACGAAUUAUUAUCUAGAUCUGUCCUGGCUUUUAGCGUGGGGUCGAAGGAUUCACCACAGCUACCUCUCUUGGUUCCCUUGCUGACCGUAUCCUUCACGAUAUUCUCCCCGCUCUCACCAGAAUAUCUCCAAGCACUAAUAGGACUGUUUUCCGAUAUCUUGACCAUUUCUCUCCUCCCUAACCGAAUGCCCAUUCCAUCCCUAACACACUUCUCCUCGACUCUCCCUUUUGCCCAGCUGCCACUUCUUGAACCUCAUGUCUCCGUCAUUUGUACAAAAGGCACAGAGUUUAAAGUCAAUCUUGUUGCCAACCUUCUUGCAUUUACCCCUCCUCGCUAUGCAAUACUGCAGUCGGUACUCCCUUCUUACUUGUCGCUUCUAACAGCUGUUCUAAACUCAUUGCCUGUCAAUGCACUGGAUCCACCGGCGGCGAGUACCAGUAGUUGGUCCCAUGGGGACUCCGAUGAUGAGGAUCAUCAUACAGUAGUGUCGGUAGUGACAGAUUUCAAUGCUGUCCCUCUUCCUACCUUAGACCCUCGCACCGCAAAGCGCUUGCAGACUCUUCCGUCUCCUCAGCACCUCAGCUCGAUCAUCGCCAACUGUCGCUCAUCUAUCAUAACCUUCAUCCUUUCUUUGACGAGCGUGUGGCCAGCAAAACGCGACACUGUCCUUACCGCUGUACUGACGUCGACCGGGACUGGCUUUUUGAGAGAGUUGUAUCGGGGUCGCGUUCGAUCGUUACCAAUAGGUAAGGACGAGAACCCAGGCGCUGUCAUGGAUCCAGCACAUGCAGGAGCUUGGCCUUCGUUGCUGUUGUUGGUGGAUCUGUACACUCAAGCGUUACUGACGAUGGGCGAUGACGAGUUCUUCGAUGCAUCAGGCACAAGAAAUCCCCUAACGCUGGAUGAUUUGACAUCAUUUAGUCGCCAGUUAUUGAAUAUAGCGUUUACGCUGUAUUGGCGGGAUGAUCAGACAGGGUUGCAAAAAGAGAUGGUGUCCCCGGACGUUCGGUGUACGUGGGAAGGCGCGAGGCAGAAGGUUACAAAUUGCUUGUUAGCAAUUCACUCCCGGGACUCUCGCAAACCUUUCGUUUCCCCUGAACAUUGGCUUGUCAGUUCUCAGAUUGAUAUGAACGGCUUUAUUGAUGCUGCGAUAUAUGAAGAACAAGCGCUCUCUGAUGGCCCGGCCCCUACGAAGCGGCAAAUGGCGCAAAUGUCACCUCGACUGGGUGUCCUUAACAACAUCCCUUUCGCUAUUCCAUUUGAAGUACGGGUGUCGAUCUUCCGCCACUUUGUGCUUAACGAUUUGCGCAAGCAUGGUGAUGACUUGCACUCUUUGAGAUACAACCGGACGAUCGUCAGUAUUCGACGAGACCACAUUUCAGAAGAUGGAUUCGACAAGCUUGGAGACGCGGACUUGAAAGGCCACGUGCAAAUCACAUUCAUAGAUAAGUUUGGGGAAGCUGAGGCUGGUAUUGAUGGAGGAGGGGUGUUCAAGGAAUUUUUUACGUCCCUUUGCAAGGAGGUCUUUGACACAGACCGAGGGCUGUGGUUAGCCAACGACAACCACGAAUUGUACCCAAACCCACAUGGAUACGCCAAAGAAGGUCACAGCCUCAGUUGGUAUCGCUUUAUUGGGAGGAUAUUGGGUAAAGCUAUAUAUGAGGGUAUCUUGGUAGACGUGGCAUUUGCUGGGUUCUUCCUCGCAAAGUGGCUUGGAAGACAGAAUCUUCUUGACGAUCUUACAUCUCUUGACCCCGAAUUAUACAGUGGACUUAUGUUUCUCAAGCACUAUACCGGCAACCCGGAAGACCUAUCGCUCAACUUCACAGUUGCCAUCGAGGAGUUUGGUGUGACGAAGACUAUUGAUUUGGUCCCUAAUGGUAGUACGAUAGCUGUCACCAAAGAGAACCGACUGCAGUAUAUCUACCUAGUCUCGCAUUAUCGCCUCAGCAAACAGAUCAAACUCCAGAGUGAAGCCUUCUUUGAGGGUCUUUCUGAGACCAUUGACCCCAAGUGGCUAAGGAUGUUUAACCAGCAAGAAGUCCAAAUCUUAAUUGGCGGUGUGAACUCUCCCAUAGAUCUGGAGGAUCUCAGGGAAAAUACGAAUUACGGCGGGCUUUAUGAUAACAACGAGCCCACGAUCGUCGCUUUCUGGAAGGUCGUGGAAACGUUUGAUCAAGAUCAGCGGCGCGCCCUGUUGAGGUUCGUAACAAGCUGUAGCCGGCCUCCGUUACUGGGUUUCAAGGAGCUUGUGCCCAAGUUUGGUAUCCGUGACUCUGGAAGUGAUGAGCAUCGUUUGCCUACGGCGAGUACGUGCUUCAAUCUACUGAAGCUACCGAGGUACCAGAGCGAGAAGGUGCUGAAAGACAAGCUCCUUCGGGCGAUCACUUCCGGUGCCGGGUUCGAUUUGUCAUGAAUAAGCGAGAGACUAGGUGUGGCGCGUCUGAGCUUGCUGUAACGUUGAAGAUCCAUACGUGUUUAAAGGGCAAAUUCUUGUACUGAAAAUAGAUUCCUUGUACUCUGGUCCUAUCUC